AUGAGUGAGGAGUCUUACUCUUUCCCUCCCUAUCUUCGUGUGUUACCUGAGUGGCGGGUAAUUCUUUGUCAACAACAUGGAUCAUGCUUUACCCAGCAGAGUCUCCAACAACAUUUACGCAAACGACAUCAUUUAAAACGCUACGAGCAAGUUCAUAUUGAGCAACAUCCUGAAUUCUCCUUAAUUGCUAAGACAAUUGAUACAGUAGUACAACCCUCUGAUGGUACUACUGAGAUUAAUGGUCUUCCAAUUAUACCUGGAUUUACCUGUCAUAUUGAGAACUGUGAUUAUCGAUCCCGUAAUACUGAUUGUAUACGACAGCAUUAUAACCAGGAACAUGGAUGGCGAAAGUCCCAAGGUGUUAUGCCUUGGUAUCAGGUGUAUCUACAGACACUAUUUUCCAAACAACAAGACAUCCAGUAUUUUACAGUGGAACUUGCUCACUCUAUUCACACCUCACAUGAUCUACAUACUAAUACUCCUGGAUAUGCGCCUGCCUUUACUACCAAUGAUCUGCCUUCCUUGGAUACCCUUCUCCAAGAAUACUGUACAUUUCAAACUCAGAACUCUGUAUCAUAUACUGUGAAUGACAGUCAGCAUGUCUCUGAAAUUACUCCAUGGUUGCGAACCACUGGUAUUCACAUUCACCUCACUGGAUUAGAUCUAGAAACUGUGGGAGAUCUUUAUCGACUUCCCAAUCGUGAUGAGAUAAGAUUAGAUCUCAUCUGCGCCAGCGUGGACCGAAUCUGGAGAAAGACCGAACAGCUGCUGCAUCACAACCACGCUGGUGAGAUCCCACGGCUAAGUCGCCGCAAUGCUCGACUUCUCAAUACCUUUACGCGAGGAGAGGUCUCGCAGAAUCCCAUCCAGCCUCUCCAGAAUCCUCAGAGUCGCUCUCGGUACAUUCAAACCUGGCAGAAGUUGGUCUGUUAUUGGAGUCGAGUAAUAGAUGACCAAGCCCUUCCUAAUUCCUUAUUUCAGCCAACAGAGGGUCAGAAGACUGCCUGGAAUGAUAUAAUGACUGCCGCGGAGAAUCUAUAUCACCAACAAGAGUCAGAGCCGGAUAAUGACGAGGCUCUCCAUCGACUCCAGCAGGAGAUGGAUGAACAAACCCUCAUGUUCUGCCUUGAGAUUAUCCAACAGUCAAUUCCUUUGCGAGCUUUUGAUUCUAUCCUGGUCUCCUUUGCAGCACUCUUAUUCUGGAUGCCAGCUAAGAAACAGUGGAUGACAGUUGGUAACUACACCUCCUUCCUCUCGCAACUGAUCUACAACUGUCAGAUCUGGAUCCUCGCUCUUUCUAUCCUAGAACAACAGCACUAUCCCACUCAGGAUCUUGGAGAUAUUAUUGUUAGACACCGCGAUCGAUGGCUACUUAACGAUACCAAAGGACCCGUGGCUGAACUACUGGAGAAUCGACUGUAUGCAUUCCAGAUUGCAAUGAGUGAGGUCCCCCCUGCUCAAGUACGAUGGGAUCGGGAGGGCCAAGUCAUUACAUUCCAAGAUGUAAGCCUGUCCUUGUUGGAACUCUCUCAACUGAUCCGCGAGGGAAUCUCUACCGCCCAGGCCAUCUUCGAGCAAGAGUUGUGUUUAUCCGGCCCAUCACGGCCAGCUACCGAGAUCCCUCAAUUUGAUCUCAAUAAUCUGAUGGAUAACUGGGACGCUACACAAGCUGGUGCAUCCUUUCUCACAGAUUCUCGCAAUCAUGCUUAUGUGGUACCCUAUCAGGAUUGGCUCUUCCGUCGAGUUAGUCAGGAUGCAGUUCUAUUUCCGACGUUUUGGGAGUUGGGCGCUGAUCAGACCUGGCGGAUCUCGCAGAAGAUGGUAGAACAGUACGAAGCAACUAUCCAGCGAUUCCUAGAGGCUUUACUUGUCCCCUUCUUCAUUGGAUCUGGCCAGCAAGCGCGACGGACAGAGUUCCUAGGAAUUCGAUGGCGCAACACCCUCCUCCAUACUCGCGAUCUCUUCCUCCAUGACGGUCAAAUGCUCUUUAUUCUGGAUUAUCACAAGAGUCGUCAUCGUACUAAUGCCUCUCGAUGGCCCGCCCGGUUUCUCCUCCCAGAAGUAGGACAGUUAGUCACGCAGUUUCUCAUCUUAAUCAUGCCCUUCCGACAGUGGCUACAGCACAAGGUGCAAACUGCGCAUUCUCGCACAUCCAUUCCUGUCUAUGACUACCUCUGGGCCUCUACAACAAAGCCUUGGUCUGAUAAUCAUCUUACGCAGACCGUGAUCCGGACUGGAGAGCAGAUCCUUGGUAAGAAGAUUCAUAUUCGAGCCUGGCGCCAGAUCACUGUUGGGAUUGCCAUUAAGAAGUUUAGAACUCUCGCGUCACAGUUUAUUGAGGAUUCUCUUGAUAAUGAAGAUGACCUUAUAGAGGAUCACAGUGGCAGUAUGGCUGCGGUAUUCCACUAUCAGGCUGCACAUACACCUCAUACCGGGAAUCAGAUCUAUGGAGGGACAGUCAAUUUUCGAGCCGGUCUCACCGAUGCUGGUCUUCAAGAAUUCCGCCAAGCUAGCGAGAUCUGGCAUCAAUUAAUCAAACAGCCCUCGCAGUACUCUACAUCUAGCUUAUUAAAAAGACGACUGCCUGCUGUAUCCACUCAGUCCUCCCAACCAGCCAACGUCAAUACAGAGUGGGAAUGGGACGAGAGUUCUUCCAAGCGAGUGCGGAGUGAGGCAACUGAGUCCACACUAGUUCAACGAUUUCAUCGUUGCCACGAACCACGACAGAGUCAACAGCGCUGGACUAUGGAGCAGGCGCAGACCAUUCUAAAGCGCAUGUAUGGGCCAGAAGCGCAGUAUCGAACUAGUAAUCAGCAACAAGCCUUGCAGUAUAUCAUCCAGGGUUCUAGUCAAGUGGUUGCAGUUCUUCGAACAAACGAGGGCAAGAGCCUACUCUAUCUUCUGCCCUGCCAGCUUCCUGGUGCACGAACAACCGUGGUAGUGCUUCCUUUAUUGGUCCUCAAGCAGGACAUGCUCCUUCGAUGUCAGAAUGCUGGAAUUGAGGUGACUAUCUGGAAUCAGCAGGAUGAAUCUAGACACCUCGGAUCGAGUCCACUGAUCCUCGUGAGCGUUGAGCAGGCAGUACACAUCAACUUCCGAACCUUUCUUCUCCGGCUCCAGCUUGCCAAUCAACUUGACCGUGUCGUGUUUGACGAGUGUCAUCUGACUCUGACAGCCUCUUCAUAUCGCAAGCGAAUGGCCUUACUUCCUACAUUACGUGAUAUUCAGUGUCAGAUGGUUUUCCUCACUGGCACACUACCACCCAUCAUGAUGGCAGAAUUUGAGCAGACCAUGCUACUCUCUAAGGCACGAUUAAUCCGUAGCCUCACCACUCGCCGUGACCUAUCCUACCAGGUAGUUUCCUGCCCUAUAGAUCAGGACUUCUUCAAGUUUGCGAUUCCUUGGAUCCAGCAAGAGCGCACCCAACUUGACUCUGAAGAGCGUGCAAUCCUCUACUGCCAAACCCAAGCGAUUACGGAGGAAGUGGCUACAAUUCUGGAGUGUCCCUUCUACCAUGCCAGUUCUGGGACCCGCGAAGAGAAGGCGCAAACCCUCGAGACGUGGCGUAAUGGAAAUCCAAACUGGAUCGUUGCCACUUCUGCCUUUGGGAUGGGAAUUGAUCACCCGCGAGUCCGCCUUGUUAUUCAUCUCGGAGCCCCAUCCAGUCUCAUUGACUUUACACAGGAGGCAGGCCGCUUAGGACGUGACCAACAGGGCGGUCGUUCGAUCAUCUUACUCCCUUCAUCCUGGAGUGUUAGCAAGUCAGGUCGACCUGGCCAUGUGAUCUCCUCUGAUGUACAGGCUAUGCAUGCUGUUUUAGAUCAGCCGAACUGUCGAGUCGCUGCGAUGAGCUCCUUCCUCGAUGGGGCUGCAGUGGCUUGCAGCGCGCCUGAUCCUCUCUGUGAUCAAUGUCGCUUCCGUCAAGAGAAUCCUGAAUCUUCUUCGACUGAUCCUACUACGACCAGCUCGCCUAGUCCAGAGCAGAACGUCGACUGCGAUCUGACUAUUGGGUCUCAGAUGCGAAUCCAGCAGAUCCAGCAGGAGAGCCGGCAAUUACAGCAGUAUGAGGAUUCCCUCCAAGCGCUCCGUGGCACCUGCGUGAUCUGCCGUAUCCUACCAUCAUCAUCUGCCGACAAGAAAAAGCAUUCCUUUAUCAACUGUUGGAAUCCUCGUCGACAGGACUUUCUUGAGGCAAAAAAGAGAGCACAGCAGGAAGGAAAGCAGUUUCAAGGCUGGAUGCAGCGAUAUGCCGGGUGCUUUCGUUGUUAUAAUCCGCAAGUGGUGUGUAGUCAACAGGGCCAGGGAACCUGCCUCUAUCCUGAUCUCGUCAUGCAAGCUUGCUGGGCGAUCUAUCAGAUCAAGGCCUGGACAGAAGGCUUGCUGCCUGGUCUUGGUGGUGAGCACGUACAAUCCAACGAGGCAGCAUAUAUGCUUUGGCUAGGGCAGAAGCGAGCGACAUUUGGGGUUGAAGGAUCGAAUGCUGCCUGGGUGGCUUAUCAUAUAUUCCAACAGCUUCUGGAGCCUGCAAAAGGUUCAGUUUAG